CCCAGACCGUACGUGAGCAGACCUCAGUGUUUUUAGCAGCUGUCAGUCGGGCUGACUCUUCACAUUACAGCUUUCUCUUCAUAUUCACUCAAACAGGUUCAGACGUUACUGAGCAGGAUGCCGAAAGGAGGGGCCAAGAAGGGCAGCCAUAAGGGACGCAUGCGGACAUACACCAGCCCUGAGGAGAUCGACGCGCAGAUGAAAGAGGAGAAGGAGAGGAAGGAGACGGAGACGGAGAGCGGGGGGGCGGGCGCUCAGCCCGACGGCGUGGAGGAGCAGCUCCCGGGCUCCGGGUCUGAGGACAGCGACGAUGACGAAGGCUCCCAGAAGAAGAGAGGCGGCGUGGAGGGGAUGAUCGAGAUCGAGAACCCCAACAGGAUCGUCCAGAAGUCCAAGAAGGUGACGCAGAUAGAGAUGGACGAGCCCAAGACCCUAUCCAGGAGAGAGAGGGAGGAGCUGGAGAAGCAGAAGGCCAAGGAGCGCUACAUGAAGAUGCACCUGGCGGGGAAGACGGACCAGGCCAAGGCGGACCUGGCCCGGCUCGCCAUCGUCAGGAAGCAGCGGGAGGACGCCGCCAAGAAGAAGGAGGAGGAGAAGAAGAGGGCAGCGGCUGGGAAGGCGGCCAAGUGAUCCACGGCAGCAGGACACUCCGUGGCAGCAGCAGCCCACAGAGAGACCCCCCCUCUCUGAAGGACCCCAGUGUCCUGACCAGCGCACGAUGGACUGG